AUGUCUGCCGCUCUUAAAGAGUCGCAAGACGCGCUGUCCCACCAUGUAGUAACCAACGCGAUGAUGAGGAUUGCCACCAGGCAGCGCUGUGGGAACGCUAGAGGAGCGCAUAGCCCGAGUAGUUGUGGCAGCAAGACCGGUCAUGCUGGAGCUGACACUCCAACGGGGGUCCCUGUUCAGAAGCUAGCCCGCUUCUUGCUCGCGAACAACCACGACGACUGCGCAAAUGCACACCAUAGUGACACUAAAGGCGGGGAAAGAUCGUAUUUGAAGCCAAAUCUCCUCGAAUUGUUGGCAGCAAAGAAUCGCGGUCCGAUGAAAACGUUUCAGGACCGCUUUUGUUUCAGUAGCACUAGACAUCGCCCACGAUAUGUGCGUCUCAGAAGGAAUGGACAGUCAGGUGAGGAGAUCAGAAAGAUGGAGCUAAACCUGGACACUAUCAGUGGAGGCUUUUGA